AUGAGUAUGCUAGCCUUGAGGAAGUUUGUCGAGGCUAUUGUUGUGCUUUUCUCUGAUGAAUAUCUCCGGGCUCCCACUGCAGAAGAUACUGCUCGCCUCUUGGCCGAUGGCGAGCGGCGAGGGUUCCUCGGGAUGCUGGGGAGCAUCGACUGCAUGCAUUGGGUGUGGAAGAACUGUCCGAAAGCAUGGCAUGGCGCUUAUACGGGCCAUACUCGCAAGCCUUCCAUAGUUUUGGAGGCGGUUGCGUCGUACAAUUUAUGGAUAUGGCAUGCUUUCUUUGGGAUGCCUGGUAGUCUCAAUGAUAUAAAUGUUUUGCACCGGUCUAACAUUUUUACCAGGCUUACCGAUGGGACUGCGCCAAACGUGUCAUACACAGUUAAUGGUAACAGGUACGACAUGGGGUACUACCUCGGCGACGGCAUUUACCCCGAAUGGGCAACCAUAGUGAAGGCAAUUUCAGCACCAAGAGGCAACAAGAGUGUCCAUUUCUCCGCCAUGCAAGCAGCUAUCCGCAAGGAUGUGGAACGUGCAUUUGGUGUCUUGCAGUCGAGGUUUGCCAUAAUCCGCAGACCUGCUAGAGUUUGGGAUCAAAGCACACUGCAGAACAUAAUGACAACAUGUGUCAUUAUGCACAACAUGAUAAUUGAGGACGAAAAUGGCAGCGCUUCAACCGAGCAGGUGUUCAACUAUAUGGGGGAGACAGCGACAGUGCAUCGAGAUCUAGACCAAGCAGUCCUGCAUUAUGUUGAAGCCACUGAAGCCAUCAGGAACCGUGCAAUGCACCACAAACUGCGUGAAGACCUUGUUGACCACCUCUGGAGUCUACAUGGAGCACAUUAG